AUUUAAAUAAUUUAUAAAUGAUUUGGUGUAACAUAGAAAGAACAUAUAUAAAAGAAGACGACGAAAUGAAUUUUUUUAUUAUUAUCAUCAUCUUCCCUCUCAACAUGUCCCGUUUCGUCAUUCUUUUAUCUGCCAUUCUUGUCGCUUUAGCACUCCUUACUCAACAAGCCACCGCCACAUCCACGGCCUCCUCAAAGUCAAUCCUUUCCAUCACUAAUAAACUUCGUGCCAAACAUCAUUCCCCAGCAUUAAAAUGGGACAAGAAAUUAGCUACUUAUGCCCAAAAGUGGAGCAACAAGUGUGAAUUCAAGCAUAGCGCUGGACCUUAUGGCGAGAACUUAGCUAUGGGCUAUCCUACCUGGACUAGCGUCAUCAAUGGCUGGUACAAUGAAGUCAGCAACUACAAUUACGAUAAGCCCGGAUUCGGUGGAAACACUGGUCACUUUACUGCUGUCGUCUGGAAAUCCACUACCAAGAUUGGUUGUGGUGUCAAAUCUUGUCCUAACGGUAAAUUAUAUACCUGCUCUUUCUCCGCCCCUGGUAACAUUGUGUCUAGCGGAAACACUUUCUUCAUUGAAAAUGUUAUCAAGCCAUAAUUAUUAUUAUUUUGACAUUCCACACAAAUAAACCUUAUGUAAUACAAUGGA